AUGGCAGUUAUAAAUCAACCAAAUAGUCAGAUAAAAUUGACAAAUGUUUCAUUAGUACGAAUGAAGAAGGGUAAAAAAAGAUUUGAAAUAGCAUGUUAUCAAAAUAAAGUACAAGAUUGGAGGUCUAAAAUAGAAAAGGAUUUAGAUGAAGUUUUACAAAUUCCUCAAGUAUUCAUAAAUGUUUCAAAAGGACAAGUUGCGAAUAAUGAUGAUCUUCAAAAGGCAUUUAAUACAACUGAUCAAGAUCAAAUCAUAAUGGAAAUACUAAAUAAAGGAGAAAUUCAACUACAUGAAAAAGAAAGAAAUGCAAAUUUACAACAAAAACAAAAUGAAUUUUUAACAAUAAUAUCAUCCAAAUGUAUAAAUCCAAGAUCGAAAAAAAGAUAUCCUCCAACAAUGAUAGAUAAAGCGUUAGCUGAAUUGAAAUUUCAUAUAAACCCAACGAAACCAACCAAGACUCAAGCAUUAGAUGCAAUAAAACUAUUGAUCGAAAAACAAAUCAUACCUAUAGCAAGAGCCCAAAUGAAAGUUAAAAUAUUACUCACGAAGAAAGCAUAUCAAAAAUUAUAUGAAGAUGAAAUUAAACCUAAAAUAGAUCAUUUAGACGAACUUGAAAAUAAUGGUAAAACUUAUGAAAUUGUUGGAAUAAUUGAUCCUAUGAAUUAUAGAGCUAUCGUGAAUCUAUUAGAAGAAAAAGACAUGAAGAACGAAGGCUCAAUUGAAGUAUUGGACAUGUCCGCUAUAAAAGAAUAG